AUGGGUACCGUUUGGAUCGUUCUGUUGACGACGUUCGCCGCGUGGUUCGCGUGUCAAGCGAAUGGAGAAGUGACCUGUCGCGAGGUACAGUUGGCGCGUGGCUGCGAAGCUCUAUGCAAGAGGAAUCGCCACGGCACGGUGUCCUGCGAGCUCAGGAUAGCGGUCUUACUUCCGGCGGAUCCGAGAUUCGACAUUUCGUUGCCGAAGGUUCUACCGGUUCUGGAUUUGGCAGUCCACGAGGUGAGAUCGCGAGGCUUGCUACCCCCGUGGCUGAAGCUCAAAUUUCUCUCCCAGGACGAUCAUUGCGACGCGACUUAUGCACAGAUCGGUGCGAUCGACAGUUUCUCGAACUGCGUUCAUUUGUUUCUGGGACCUGCCUGCGAUUAUUGCGUGGCGGCCGUUGGCAGAGUGGUAAAAUUUUUCGGCGCCCCGUUGAUCACCACCGGUGGAUUCACCUUCGACUUCACGGAGAAGAAAACCGAAUGCAAGGACGAGUACUUCAUGACCACCAGAAUUGGUAAUUUGGCGUUCAGGGAUCUCGCGAACUUUUUCGUCGGUCUAAUGAAUCGCUACGAAUGGCGGAAGGUGCAUCUAGUUUACGCGACGAAUGGACAGAGCCAGGUGGCGGGACGGCACACUUGUCAACUGAUGAUGAAGUCUAUGGUGGAAUUUAUCAAGAAACAGCCGAACUUCGCGUUCGGCACGUUUGAUGUCGAGACCACGGAGCCUGGAGAUUAUCCAGAGGCGUUGCGGGAUCACGUGGGCAACUGGUACGGCGAUGCGUUCCUGGGCCCAGUAUGCGACUAUGUGAUCGCUCCAGUCGCGCGAUACGCCGGCGUUUGGCGUAUUCCCGUGUUGACGGCGGGUGGACAAGCGGAAGCGUUCCGACACAAGGGCGAGCACUAUCCCACCCUGACGAGGAUGAUGGGAUCGCAUCGGCUGGUGGGCGAGGCGCUCAGGCACAUUUUAAAGCGAUUCGGAUGGAAACUCGCCGGCCUUUUGUACCACAAUCACGCGAUGGCGAGUAGCCGCGGCAAUUCCGAGUGUCACUUCACUUUGGGGGCGGUUUUCACGGCUCUGAACCAGACGCCGGUUCACAGAAGCUUCAACCAAGAAGCGACAAACGGCGAGGAUUACAGAAAUUUACUGGAGUUUGUCUCGAAAUCCGCCAGGAUUGUAGUGAUGUGUGCCAACUCGACUACCAUCAGGGAAAUUUUGUUGGCAGCCGAACAGCUUGGAAUGGUGGACUCCGGGGAAUACGUCUUUUUCUCCAUCGAACUCGCGUCAAGCGACAACGACUCAAAGGAACCGUGGAGGAUGGAGACUGACAGCGAGGAGAGAAACGAGAGAGCCCGGAAGGCCUACCAGACGCUGUUAACGGUUACCCCACGGACCCCCGACAAUGCCGAGUAUUUCAACUUUUCGCGAGAGGUUAAGUCUCUUGCCCAGAGUAAAUAUAAUUUCACAUUUGGAAACAGUUCAGUCUCGACGUUUGUGACCGCGUUUUACGACGCCGUCCUUCUCUACGCGCUCGCUCUCGAGGACAGCCUGCCGGACCAACCCGGCAAAGUAAACUUGGACGGUGGUAAACUGACCCGGCGAAUGUGGGGAAGGAGCUUCAAAGGCAUCACGGGGGACGUGAACAUCGACGAGAACGGGGAUCGCAUAGCGGACUAUUCCCUUCUAGACAUGAAUCCGGAAACGUCCAAAUUCGAGAUCGUCGCCAAUUACUACGGUGCCAAUAAAACGUUGGAGUACCUGCCCGGCAAGAUGAUCCACUGGUCUGGUGGGCGGACCGAUCCGCCGCCGGACACGCCCACUUGCGGAUUCGACGGCUCCUUGUGUCCUGACAAUUCUCUUCCCGGACACGCGAUUCUCUCGAUGGUUUUAAGCUCUAUCGUCGUCGUUCUUGUCGUCGGCUCGGUCUUCACUUACAGGUACUUCAAGCUCGAGGCGGAAAUCGCUUCCAUGACGUGGAAGGUGCACUGGAACGACAUCAUUAUGCUGGUUCCAAACACGAGAUCGCGAGGUUCCAUGUACUCUUUGAUCGCGAACAAGAUGCGUUGCAGCCAACUGACAAUAUACUCGGUGGAGAAUGCCAGUUUACCGGACGAAAUGGACAGAAGCUCGUACGUUCCAACGGGUAUUUACAAGAACUCGAAAGUCGCUAUAAAAUUUGUGCCCAGGACCAAGAUGGAAAUCUCGCGGCCGUUGUUGCUCGAAUUGAAGAGGAUGAAGGAUCUGCAGCACGAUCAUUUGGUACGAUUUUACGGUGCCUGCGUCGAGCCACCGCACUGUUGUCUCCUGACCGAAUAUUGCCCCAGGGGAUCUCUUCAGGAUGUAUUGGAGGACGAACGAAUCAAGUUGGAUCGGGUGUUCGAAGUGUCUUUGAUACACGACAUCGUUCGAGGUAUGGCGUACCUUCACGCGUCCGAGGUGAAGAGUCACGGUAACUUGAAGUCCUCGAAUUGUGUGGUCGAUUCGCGAUUCGUUCUGAAGAUCGCCGACUUUGGAUUGCACGAACUGCGAAAAUUGAAUCCGACCGAUGCGGACGCCGACAGGAACACAUACGCCUACUGGAGAAGACAGUUGUGGACAGCCCCGGAACUGUUGCGAACGGAUAGACGACCGCCGGAAGGUACUCAAAAGGGGGACGUGUACAGCUUCGCAGUGAUCGUCCACGAAAUCGUGGUCCGCCAGGGACCGUUCUACUUGGCUGACAACACUAAUCUCCCACCAAAAGAAAUCGUCGAAGGAGUGAAGAGAGGCGGAGGCUCGCCUCUGAGACCAACGAUCGACGAGACCUCGGUCGAGGAGCAGGUGGCCACGUUGAUGAAACGAUGCUGGGCGGAGGAUGCUGCCGAUAGGCCGGAUUUUUCCGCGCUCAAGCAAACGAUACGGAAGAUUAACAAGGACCACGAAAGCAACAACAUCAUGGACAAUUUACUCUCCCGUAUGACGCAAUACGCUACAAAUUUGGAGGCCCUCGUGGCGGAGCGUACCGCGGAUUACCUCGAGGAGAAACGGAAAUGCGAGGAACUGCUCUAUCAGUUGCUGCCAAGGUCCGUCGCGUCUCAAUUGAUACUCGGCCAGAGCGUGAUAGCCGAAACAUACGAUCAAGUGACAAUCUACUUUAGCGAUAUCGUUGGAUUCACGAAACUGUCGGCCGAGAGCACGCCCCUCCAAGUGGUGGAUCUGCUGAACGAUCUUUACACGUGCUUCGACUCGAUCAUAGAAAAUUUUGACGUAUACAAGGUGGAGACGAUAGGGGAUGCUUACAUGGUAGUAUCGGGACUACCUGUGAGAAAUGGGACGAAUCACGCCAGGGAGAUCGCACGAAUGAGCUUAGCGUUAAGGGACACCGUGAUGACGUUUAGCAUUCGACACAGACCGAACGAGCAAUUGAAGCUUCGAAUUGGAAUGCAUUCCGGUCCAUGCGUGGCUGGUGUGAUCGGUUUAAAGAUGCCCAGGUAUUGUCUGUUCGGUGACACUGUGAACACUGCUUCUAGGAUGGAAAGUAACGGAGAAGCUUUGAUGAUCCAUGUCAGUCCAAAGACGAAAGAAAUUUUGGAUACGUUCGGUACGUUCGAACUCGUUUGCAGGGGGGAGGUCGCUAUAAAGGGCAAGGGUGCUAUGACCACAUACUGGUUAAUAGGCGAGAAACCGAUUAGCGAGAACGUCCGCGAAGCCGGGGUCGCGUCAACGACGACAACGAACGCAACGAUGCCAGCGACAACGAUCACUCGAGUCUCGAUCACGCAGGAUUACGGACAGGAUGAGAAACGGAGCGCGCCGUUGGACCGAACGACACACACGGAGCAGCAACGAUUGUGUCUGACGGCGCAGACGAACAACCAAGACCAAACCGUGAAUUGUCGACCGCCUCGAACGCUUCAGGAACAGCAACGACCCCGUUCGAAUCAGCAAAACAGUCAGCAGCAGCAACAGUUCGGCCGGCAAAGCCCUCGUCGAAGUUACGAGCCAAGUCGUGGUGAAGACGGAAGCAACGGUGGAUACGGAAGUUGUCGCGACGAGGGAGGUGGCAAUGCCGGCGACGGCAACGACGAUGACCACGGGGGUGGCGGCAAUUCCGUGAACGCGUCACCGUCUCGAGCACGCGUUUCCAGCGGGUCGACGGCUGGAAACGCGAUUCCUCAAGUCAGACGGUCUUAUCAAGCCGGCGAAAAUCUGCCUAAUCACAGGGAAAGCGGUCCGAACGCUCCUCUGCUUGUAUCAGCGAGCUCUCUUCCUCGAAUUUAA